UCGCUCACCUCCGUUCGGGGACCGGAAGGUAAAUCCCCGCUUCCGCGACCCGCAUCAACUCAAUCAGAAAGCACUUACAGUGAUUCGAAACGGACAUCUUCAAGAAGUGGACAGGUGAGAUUUCUGUGGCAUGGGCUCGCUUCAUGACAGUCAUUCUGACAUUCUGACCAUCUGCAUCUCCAAAGUCAAAAUUUCGUUCCUCUUUGCUGGCUAGAGAUGGCCGGUGUCUCCUUACUCAAGCAGAACGCAGUAUGUGCACAUCAGCACAUGUUGUUCCAGUCACCAGACUCGAUGUAAGUGCAGAGUUUAAACUAAAUUGAAGAGAUGCGCAGAAGCUUACCACAUCCUUAUUCAAUCCAUUAUUAGGUCUACCGCAUGCUUCUCGGUAUUCAAUCAGAAGGACAACUGUACUCCGCGUCUAUGGGCUUUCUGAUUCGAGACGACCUGCACAAAUCAUACGAUCGAUACGAAUGGAGUUGGUACUGUAAAGUGAGUCAAGGAACCAUGCCGAAGCUAUCUUCGCUUUGGGAAAGAAAGUCUUACUGACACGUGCCUUUGAUCUAGGAUGGCAAAUAUUAUCCGCACUUCUUUGCGCUGGAAGAUGAGAAGAUGCGAUCGUUGCAUGGGAUGGUUGUAGAUCCUGCAAUCUAUAUGAGAGUGCAGCCGCGCGA